UCAAGUGAAAAGGAAACUGAACAGAACAAUUCCACAAGGUGGAAGCACCACUAAUAUUGAUACACAAUCAUUUGUAAACAAAGAAAGUUAUGGCGAAGCAAAUUUGUUUUGUGUUUUUUCUCCUUGCGUUUUUCCCUUCACCUUCGCACGGACUGAGUCUCUUAACCGAAACUCUAAAAUGUCGAGAAUAUUGUGAAAAAACCUAUCCACUACAUACCUAUCCUACGGUAAAACAUUUUCAAGCGUGUCAACAUGGCUGUUACAGUGCAGCGAAACAAAAAUCUUUGUCUAGCUUUGCUCGUAGUUUUGGAGUUCGCUUUGUUCACAAUUGUUCUCAAGAAUGUAAAGAUAAGUUUGCUGUGGGGAGCUAUUAUGCUUGCAAGUUAGGCUGUGCCAAAGGGAAAAAUAUUAACCUUGAAACAAAAACCCCAACUGUUGCAAGAAAGUCUACCCCUCCUGAAAAUGGACAGCAUAGCACCAUUGGAGCUAUGAUACUUCAUCCAGUUCUUUUCUUGCAUACUUAUGGUCGUGGUAUGAUCAACAGACUCACGUAUUACAUACAAUCUUCAACCUCUUUUUAUUUCCGCUCUGAUAAUGGAGGAAUGGUUGUUGUCAAUAUCCAGAGCCCACCACAGUUGUAUGUUUCAUCAUCCAAUUACAAUGACCAGUAUCCAGCACAAUUAAAUGAUGAACAAGAUGAAACAAAAGAACAAAAGAAAGAUCAAACAGAUGGUUAUAGUGAACAACAUGAAUCGUGGAUAAUUGUCCGUCGUGGUCACCAUUGGCUUCAUUGUGUGUCUCAUAAAUCCGGUGUUCCAUUGUGGAUCUUGAGCAGUAUUCUAUUUCUCUCUUCAUUCUUCCUACUUUGGUUAUGUUGUGCUGCAACAGUCACCAGUCCAUCUGCAAAGAAAUCUCACCCUGAAAAGAAGGCAUUCCUUAUCAAGGAAUUUUUGUCAGCAUCGGAGAAAAAAGAUGGUCAGGACGUUCCCUUGCUUAGUUUGGAUGAGAAUGAGAGACAAGCAGAUCCAUUGCCUCGCAAAGACAAAUCUGCAGCUGUUAUUUCAAUUUAAAUAUUAUUUUUUGCAUUCAUUUUAGUUCUGUUGUUUACUAGUUCUUAGCACGCAGGUUCUGUCAAUAUUUACGUAUUGACUAUUCAGUGUUAUAUUGUAUACUGUUAGUUUGUUAGCGUUAGCGUAACAUUUUCAUUGGUUGAAGAAUGAAGUAUACUGACAUCAUUGUGUGUAUGUAUGCAGAAAUAGCAUCAUGUAUAGUUUCUCUUUAUCUUCUUUGAGUUAGUAUUCGGAGUCUGAAACACUAUCAGACUAUCUACAUUUAAAAAAAUUUUAUUCUCAGCUUCAUGCAAAUGGCUCUUUCAAUAUAUAUAUAUG